AUGAAACAAUUUCUUUUCGUUUUAGCCUGUUACUUGGUCCACACCGCUUACGCCGCUCAGACUGUAUUUGACACUAGUUGCCCUUCCAACUCCCCCAUUUCAUGUUCGUCAUCCAAUGCAGCAUCAUGUUGUUUUGAAUCACCCGGUGGUAUUCUUUUGCAAACCCAGUUCUGGGACUAUAGUCCCGCCACUGGCCCCAAAGAUUUAUUCACUUUACAUGGUUUAUGGCCCGAUAAUUGUGAUGGAACUUAUGAGCAAUUUUGUGACAAUUCCAACACGAUAGCUAAUGACGGCAGUAGCAUUGAGUCGAUCAUUGUUGAUUCAUUUGGCGAUCAGGAGCUUUAUAACAAUUUAAAGUUGGCUUGGAAGGAUAUAAAGGGAAAUGAUCAAUCGUUGUGGGCUCAUGAAUGGAAUAAACAUGGAACUUGUAUAAACACAAUUUUACCCAAAUGUUAUACAAAUUAUCAAGAGCAUCAAAAUGUUUACAACUAUUACAAAAUCUUGUAUGAUUUAUUUGAAACGUUGCCCACUUAUAAAUGGUUAGUUGAUGCCGGAAUCACACCUAGUAAAUCAAAGACAUAUACAAAGACACAAAUUCAACAAGCAUUAAAUUCGAAAUUUGGUGCCGAUGUUUAUUUCAAAUGUGAUUCCAAUAAUGCCAUUAAUGAAAUUUGGUAUUUCCAUCAUAUUAAGGGAUCAUUGUUGCAACAAAAUUUCAUCCCCAUUGAUUCAUUAUCGAGUUCCAAUUGUCCAUCGUCGGGGAUUUUGUUUCCUCCCAAAGGAGAUGACUCAGGAUCUGAUCCCAGUCCAACCAAGACAACAACAACAACAACAGGGCCAGCACCAACUGGCGACGUUCCAUCUUCAGGGUAUAUCAAACUCAGUGGGAAAUCAGGUUGUUUAAUCUCAAAUGGUAAAUGGUACACAUCAGGCACUUGUGCAACAUACCAUUUGUCGCAAUCUUCUGAUGAUAAAAUUGCCAUAAAAUCAUCAAAGGGAGUUUGUGGAGUGGAUUCAUCGAAGAAUUUUGUAUGUGGAUCAUCAGUUGAGCAAACUCAAUUUGAAGUUGAUAAUGGACAAAUUGGAGUUGAUGGUAAUUUCAAAUGGUGUCUUGGUGAUUCAACAGGUUCAGGAUCAAGUGCGCAAACUUUGAUUCAAUUGAGUGAUGGCUCAUGUAGUUCCUUCACCAUUAGUGUUUCUAGUAAGUAA